GUUGUGUUGUGACAUAUUAUUUUGGUGUAGACAUUCUAGUUGUGUUGUGAUGUUAUUUUUGUGUUGACGUUCUAGUUGUGUUCCAUCGUGCUGUGUUAUGAUAAAUCUCUGCUGAGGGCGGGUCUGUGUUCUAAAUCUCGUAGGGAAAGAAAGCCCAGAUGAAGUCCUUCAUCGUUGAGCUCAGCAAAGAGUUCUCCAUCCUCUCCCAGUUCACCAGCUUUGUGGCCAUUGAGGAGAGGGAUGCCACAAAGCCUGAUGAGGGGUUCACAGACAUCCCCAAACUGAUUGCAGAAGAGGAUGUUGACCUGUUACCUUAUAUGGGCUGGGAAGAUGAAGAGGAGAGAGGGGAGGAGUACGAAGAGACAUACGAGUUGUGUUCUGACAUGCUAUGUGAAGAUGAGGAGGAAGAUACAUACGAGUUGCGUGGUCGCAGACUGCUAUGUGAAGUGGCGGAGGAAGAUAUAUUGGCCUUGGAUGAAUCUGAGUACCGUUCUAUGACCCUUCCAGAGUCCUUCGUCGGGAAGAUGGCCCCUGGUCCCCAAGAGAUGCAAGGAGGAUCAUUUAGAAUGGGGGAGGGAAUUCCUGUUACAAAUUCAGUCAGGCUGACACACUCUCUUGGCUACAUUGUUCUUGACGCCCCUUCUUUUGUCCCUGCUUCUACUCUUGCCCCUGCUCCUACUGUUACCCCUGCCCCUACUGUUACCCCUGCUCCUACUCUUGUCCCUGUCUGUGCCCGUUUCCCUCCCCUCGCCAUUGCCCAUGCCUCUCCCCAUACUCUCCCUAUCAUUGGUUCUGCCCGUGCUUCUCCUGGCCAUGCUCCUGCCUCUGAUUCUGCUCCUGCCGGUGCUCCUGCUCCUCCUCCUCCGUCUGCAACCUUUUCUGGUCCUACCCCAGACCCUCCCCCUCCUGACGUGUUUCGUUGUCGGCGCUCAAGUGGUUUCAGUUUUGGAGGUGCAUCUCCUUCUCCUGCCCCUGGUCCCCGAGAGUUACAAGGAAGCCAACGGCAGGGCUUUCUUGCCCGUGCUCCUACUCUUGCCCAUGCCCCUGACCUUGCUCUCGCCCAAACCAGUGCAUUUGCCCAAUCCAGUGCUCUUGCCCAUGCUACCGGUGCUUUUGGCCAUGCUUCUGCUCCUGCUCCUGCUCCUGCUCCUGCUCCUGCUCCUGCUCCUGCUCCUGCUCCUGCUCCUGCUCCUGCUCCUGCUCCUGCCCCUGCUCCUUCUCCGAUCUUCUCUGGUCCUACCCCAGCCCCUCCCCCUCCUGUCUUGUUUGGUGCUCAGCGCUCUCAUGCUUUCGGUUUUGAAGGUGCAGCUACUUCUUCUUCUCCUGCCCAGUCUUUUCUCAUGCAGCAGCAAGGCACACUCCACUCCUCUCAGCAGCAUGGACCUUAUCGGGCUUUUUCAAGCUCCUCCAUGCCUCCUCCUCCUCCUCCUCAAACCUCUCUGCAACUCUCUGCUCCUGCUUUGGGCUCCCCCUGGCUGCCAGAAAAGUCUUCUUUGGACUGUCUCUCCGCUCCGUCAGAUAUCUCAGAUAUCAUCUGUGCUCCUUCUCCUCCUCCCGUUGUCUAUGGGGCUGCUACUCGUGCCGUUGCACGGAGAUCCGGUGAAAUGUCCAGGGGCAGUGAAGCACCGCGUCUUAAUCUGGCGGGUUCUCUCCGUCGGUCAACCUUCUCCAGGCAUGCUGCUCCUCCUCCUCCUCCUCCUCGUCCUCAAACCUCUCUGCACCUCUCUGCUGCUCCUCCUCAGGAGUGCGACUAUGCAGGUUUCUCAGAAAAGUCUUCUUUGGACUGUCUCUCUGCUCCCUCAGAUAUCAUCUCUGCCCCUUCUCCUCCUCCUUCUCCUCCUCCCCUUGUCUAUGUGGCUGCUACUCCUGCCGUUGCACGGAAGUCCAGAAAAGCACCUGUGCAGAAAAAAAAGCCUCUCAGCAAGAUCAUCGAACAUGAGAAGAUAGCGAAAAAGGGGAUGCCACGGAAGGGCGGCGGCUUGGGAGAGACUUGGGAGAGACUGGCAUGUCUUCAGAGCCCAGAGGGAUACUGGGAAUGCACUGAGGCAGUGGGAUAUCUCCUCGAUGUGGAUUUGAACUUCUUUGCCGGAGUUUUCCUGAAGGAAAAGGGCAUCGCGUCUCUUGGACCCAAAGCGCACGCUGACAUCCUGAGGCUGGUGUCCACCCUGCUGAUCCUGCAGCUGGUGCGAGUGAAGAAGCUGGUCAAGGGAGAGCUGCUGCAGUCACUGUUCCGCCUCAGAGAACCUCCUCAACACAGCUGUCCAGAGUGGGCGGCCCUGAAGCGAGCGGUGGACUGGGUGCGCUGGGCAGACAGGCAGUACCCGUGUGUGUGCAGCCGGCUGGAGUUCGGCCGCAACUGGGAGUCAUCCACCCGACAGCUCCUGGGCUUUGACCGCCCGCACCCCCUCUCCCCCCUGACCCCCCUGCUGGGAGACCGCCUCAUACUGACCAGCUAGACACAGAAUCCCCCUCCCCGCCCUGCCCCACCUCUCAUACUGGCCUGCUAGACACAGACCCCACCCUGCCUCUCAUACUGGCCUGCUAGACACAGACCCCACCCUGCCUCUCAUACUGGCCUGCUAGACACAGACCCCACCCUGCCUCUCAUACUGGCCUGCUAGACACAGACCCCACCCUGCCUCUCAUACUGGCCUGCUAGACACAGACCCCACCCUGCCUCUCAUACUGGCCUGCUAGACACAGACCCCACCCUGCCUCUCAUACUGACAUACUGCUAGACACAGACCCCACCCUGCCUCUCAUACUGACAUACUGCUAGACACAGACCCCACCCUGCCUCUCAUACUGACAUACUGCUAGACACAGACCCCGACCUGCCCUCCCCUCCCUGCCCCGCCCUGCCCUGGUUUUAGUUGAAUAACUUUUCUGAAUCUUGAAGAUAAUGCCUUAAAAUUGCUAAGAAAAUAGAAAGAUUAUAAAAUGGCUAAUAGAUUUCUAUUUCUUUCACUGGUGGAGGGGCAGAAAUUCAUGUUCAUUUUUUUUUUUUAAAGCAGCACUUUACUGUUUCAAUCCAUACUUAAAUCCACAAGCCAACUUGUUAUUUCAGCUUGAUCACAUUUGUAUUCGAUUCUUAGCAGACAGUUUUAUCCAAACCAUGCUACAGUAAUGAUAUUCUACCUUGUUGGAAGUAGCUUUACCGCUUGGCAAAGAUAAUGCUGAAGUCUGAAUAAAAGCAUAAC